CACUGGAGAAGGGAGGGGAGAAGGACUGGCCGGGUCACGUGACGGCACAAAGCUCCGGGCUCUAUAUGGGAAAUACUUCCCGUCACUGGGCAGCUACUGUGCAGGCUGAGGGUGCGGGAAAUACGCACAGUGGACAAAAGGAAAACGAAAGUGGAAGGCGAGAGCUGACCGAAGAGCGAAGACGCAGAAAGAGGGGCUGGUCGGAAGAGACUGUUCUACGUAAAGAAGGCAGCCGGUCCCUCAUGGUGAAUAAGAGCAGGACAAGUCAGUACUGCUCACCGUGACAUUACUGUACCUCUCAGGAGAGCCGCCCAGUAUCAGCAGUCAGGUGACUCUGCCUGGGACCCACAUUCACAUAGUACUAGUGCAACAGGAGCCUGCUGGCAACUAGUAGCCAUGUCCACCUCCCCGUUGCCCAAGAAGGGAUACUAUAGGCAGGACGUCAAUAAGACCGUCUGGGAGGUGAAGGAGAGGUACAGAGACCUGGUGGCUGUGGGAUCAGGAGCCUAUGGCACUGUUUGACAUGAUUUCAAUAAUGCUGCUGGCUCUGGUACAAACCCCCGUGUGUAUAGACCCAUAGCUAUACCCCAUGAUUAUGGCACCCAUGUGACAUUUGUGCAGUGAACAUGCAGCUCAUCUCUAGACACUAGAACUGGAACAAAAGUAGCUAUCAAGAAACUGUACCGUCCUUUUCAAUCUGAACUCUUUGCAAAGCGAGCAUAUAGAGAGCUGAGGCUUUUGAAGCACAUGCAGCAUGAAAACGUAAUUGGUCUAUUGGACGUGUUUACUCCAGACUCAACUUUGGAAAAUUUCAAUGAUUUUUAUUUGGUGAUGCCAUUCAUGGGUACGGACCUUGGCAAGAUAAUGAAACAUGAAAAGCUAUCUGAAGACCGAAUCCAGUUCCUGGUUUAUCAGAUCCUCAGGGGGCUAAAGUACAUUCAUUCAGCUGGAAUCAUCCACAGGGAUUUAAAGCCUGGAAAUCUUGCAGUAAAUGAAGACUGUGAGUUAAAGAUUCUGGAUUUUGGCCUGGCAAGGCACACAGAUAGUGAAAUGACUGGUUACGUGGUGACCAGAUGGUACAGAGCCCCAGAGGUUAUACUCAAUUGGAUGCACUACACUCAGACAGUGGAUAUCUGGUCUGUUGGAUGUAUCAUGGCAGAGAUGUACACUGGGAGGCCACUUUUCAAGGGAAAUGACCAUCUAGACCAGCUAACAGAAAUAAUGAAAAUUACUGGGACACCAACUCAGGAUUUUGUCCAGAAGCUCCAGAGUCCUGAUGCUAAAAACUAUAUCAAGAGCCUUCCUAAAGUGCAGAAGAAAGACUUUGGAUCAUUGCUAAGAUAUGCAAACCCUCUUGCUGUAAAUAUCCUUGAGAAGAUGUUGGUACUGGAUGCAGAAAAGAGGAUAACUGCGACAGAGGCUUUAGCACAUCCAUACUUUGAACAGUUCCAUGAUAUUGAUGAUGAGACAGAAGCUGAACCCUAUGAUGAUUCAUUCGACAAUGUAAAUCUUCCUCUGGAGGAGUGGAGGCGUCUCACACACAAGGAGCUUACUAGCUAUAAGCCAUUGGUGGCUGAUUCAAAGGAAACAUCGGUAUAACAUGUCGCAAAACUGCAAAUGUGAGCCGUAACUUUUCAAAACUGGACUAUAAAUUGGAUGUAAAGUGUAUGGUCUAUAUCGUAGGAACCAUUUGUGUUGCUCCCCCAACAAGGAUCUAGUGCCUUUUUGUAUAUCCUUCGUGUAGGGGUGUUUGAUUUGCCAGUAUGUUCUCUUACUGCUGCAGAUAAUGUGCUGUUAUUGUGAAGAAAUGGUGUUCAAAAUGACAUGAUUUAAUUCCAUUGUGAAGAUUCAGUGUAAGUGUAGAAUUUUGCUUUUGCCUUUGUAUGAGUGGUCUGACUGUGCUGCCUUUGCCUACCACAAUAUAUAUUUCCACAAACCUUAGCACUAGGUAGAUGUGAGCUUAUUCUGCCUAAAAUGCUUAUUUUGGUUAGGGUCGUACUCUUUCUAUUUCUCUUGCCGAUAUUGUUCCAGUAUGAAGUACAGCUUAAAGCCCCACAUUUGGAAUAGAAAUGUUGCAUAAAACCUUAACAGCUAAUAUUUCACAUAUGGACACACAUAUAUUGCCAUUGUUGUUAGCCACCCUAUAUUAAGUGGCCAUUUCAGAUUCACAUAAUUUGUUUAAAUAUUUUGGUGCAGUGGUUUAUCAUCUGCUUCACUUUUACAUUAACAUAAUUCUCUGUUAGAGCUCACAUAGCACUAAAGUAAAAUAGCCCCUACAAACAAUGUAUGCAAUCAGGAAUCACAUCAAUACAGGUUCUUCCCCUAGACUUGGUUCUUUAAAAAAAAAUUAUGAUAUACCUGUCAGUUGAAAUCCCCUUCUCCCAUUCUCAUUGCAUAUAAAAAACCCUGCUUUGCACAGACAUGCCUCUAUUCUUUGCCUCAGCUCCACUCUGGCCCCAGCAUUUCUGUCAUGUGCAAUCUCACUGCUAAUGUCUCAUUAAUAUCACUCACUGCAAGUAAAAUGUGUUUCCAGGUGCAUACCUCUUGACCAUGUUCUCUGUGAGAAUAGUAGAACAGUUAACAGUGAAAUGACAAUAUCCAGCUAUUUAUAAACUGUAUUUUAUAGGAGUUUCAGAGUCAGGCUUGAGAGUAAGGAUUUGAAAGCAUAAAGGCAAAUUAAGAUGGGAUGUCUCCUAAACUGACUCUGCAAGAUCACUGCAAAAAAAAUAAACCAGGAACAGGCUGUGCUAGAUUAAUUAGCAAAUAUAUAGUGACCAAAAUAUAUGAAAUGUAGAGAUUUAGCUAAAAGAAAUUGAAUUUAAACUAUAGAGAAGAAGUCUUAAAAUGAAAUCUGCUAUUUUCUCAGAUAUUUCUUUGUGUUUUUUCUGUACGUGACAGAUCAUGUUUUAGGCUUUCUCUGCCUUGCCUUGUGUUUUUCUCAUUGCAAAGCUAGCUGACCAUUUGCAUGUAAUUGUACAUCUCUUCUAUCACAUGGUGAGCUGGGGGGGCUUAUAAGUCAAGUCUUAUCAUGUUCACGUAGCAACUCAAUGGACCACAUAACAUUUGCCCAGUUGUAGUUGGCUCUUGUAAAAAGAAAGAUCUUGCCAUACCAAGCCAACAAAUGAAAGGAGCAAAAAAAAUACAUUUUAAGAAGAACCUGUAUGGAAACACUACCUCUUACAUAAAUGAAAUAUGCUAUGUCACUUCAUCACUCAUGCCUUGGAAGGGAGGGGGGGUAGGGUGAAGAUGAGUUGAAAAAUAUCAGGUAACAUUACCUGUUCGAUGUCAGUGCCUCCUGUUUUAUUAUUUAGCUCUGUUCGUAAAAUAGACUGGGCUCAGUUUCAUACCAUUAACUCUUUUUUUUUUAAUGGAACUAAACUUAUGCCUGAAUAUCCUGCACCAGAAACAACACAACAUGUUCUGCAUGUGUACAACUACUAGCAAGGAUUCACAACUGGCGAUUUUCAUGUAACAGGAUGGAUGGUAGUGGACAAAAUCAUUCCUUUUUUUGACUGUGUGUUAAUACUUGAUCUGUUGGUAUGUGAUAGACCAGGCAUGGGCUUUCAGCAACCUUUCAGAUAUUGUUUGAACUACAGCCUCCAGCAACUGUAGGGACAUGCUCAGAUUUGUAGUUCACAAACAUUUGGAGGAUUUCCACUUGCCCAUCACUGUGAUAGAGUAAUAUAUCAUUUUUUUAUCUACUGAAAAUCUCCACCUCUAUGGAGUUUCUGCACAUCUUGAGCCAGUGCCACAGACUUUCCAGCAAGACAUAAGUUUGUUCCACCCUACACAGUUGUCGCCCCAUGGCUAAAAUUACAACUUCUUGCUGUUAAAUAGGAAGUACAUAACCGUUACACAGUAGUUGUGAUUGUUACUUCCAUUUGCCAAAAAACCUGGGUUUUGGAAGAAGUAACUGUAUUUAUUUGGGGUCAAACAUAAUGUAAUCUGAGGUUGUAAGCCAUGUCACUUAUUGCACAGGUAAGGAUCCUCUAUUCCAAAACACAGAAAGAGCUGCCCUCAUGGCGGAAGAGUUUAUUUGGCCUACAGGCCAACAACUGGAUCCAUAAUAGGGGCCAGUGCAGCCCCUUUUGGAGAAGCAGCUUCAAGCGGUCAUUAAACAGCAGGAUUUGUAAACCUAUUUAAUAGAUACCUGUCUGGGGAUUGGUUAGGCAAGCAUUUGUUUUUGCCAACAUACAAUAUGCAUGACUGAGUUGGCAGCUAAUGUUGGCCAAUGUAUAGCCAGCUUAUAUGUAGAUCCUAAAUUAAACAGUAUGAACUGAAAAUCAGUAGCUAUUUCAAAUAAAAUAUAAAUAUUUCCUAUGUUAAGGACUGUUUCGAACUCUGCUCUGCCAAAAGUUGUUUUCUGUGCGGUUUAGUUUAAUGCUGUGGUGAUUGGGUUAUACAGGGCCCUUUCCUUUUUACAGCUCACUGUUUUUUGUGUUUAUUUGGAAAUGCAUUUUUUAUAGCAGAGACAACCAAGAGACGCUGACAAGUGUCAUGGGAAUCACUAGAGUCUGACAUGGAGCUCCGUGGUUUGAAUAAAUGCUAAAGCAGUUAACCUGCGUGAAGGUGCUCUCCUCUUAUUCUGUGAUGGAGCUCAGUUACCCUUUAUAGUGUUCCAUUAGCCAAACUGUAAGAAACUCCAUGAGCUCAACUUUCUAUAGGCUUUAUCUUUUAUCUAUAAUUAGAAUUGUCCUUUGUUGUCACUACAAUGCAGGACCAGGAAUAUUGUAGUUUGCUUUGCCUUCUGUUGAUGUAUCAGAGUGCACCAUAUAGAUAUUUCCUAACUAAAGCAUCAGGCAAAAACGUAUACUCAGCACAGGCCCAGUUCUUUAUACCAAUGUUGAAAAAAAUGGGGUUAUAAUGUAACUGUAAAAUGUCACUGGGAAACAAGUCAUGCUCACUUCUCUGUAAAGUUACAUGCCUAAAAUGUGCCUAAAUUACCUUAUGGAUCCAUACAUCAUCAUCAGUUGCUCCUGAAAUGGGUUGGCUGGAUCUUUCUAAUGAGACUAGUCUAUUGUUUGUAAGUUCCAACCAGCAAUAUAUGACUUGCAACUUGCUACUCUGGUUUUUAUAUGGUCCCCCAAUUUCAAUAAUGUCCCUUCGGAGCAGUGGAGACCAAAGCUGUGCCGUAUAUAUUCUAGAAGGGCCCUUAUUAGUGCUUUGUAAAGGGCAAGAACAAACCUUUCCUCCCUGCUAUUUUAUAUAGACAGUCCCGUUUUACACAGAGUUCAUCUGAACCCACAUACAUUCCAAAAACUGCUUGACUGGUGGAUAGGUAAGGAUGCAAUGUGUCAAGCUUGGACUGAUGCAUUUUGAGCCAAACGUUGUUUUCUGUGACCGAAAUCUGACUUUGCUUUGUAAAUUGAAACAUGCAGAUGUGAGUAACAGCCAUUUCUUCUGAAAUGACAUUGUUUGUUGUGCCAUGUAAUUCAUUCCUUAUUGUAACAGCUCCUUUGGCAAGACUCUGUACAUUUCUUUCUACUAAUGCAUUUGUAAUCUGUGAUAGUUCUGCCUCAUAAAUCCAAAGAAAUGUGUUUGGGUCUAAGGAGUGUUUUGCUUUAUGUGGAGAUGGUAUAUGAUACCAAUGGCUAAAACCUGAACUGCUGUUCCUACUUUAAAGGAACAGUAACACCAAAAAA